AUGCAGGAAAAUGGUAAGCAGUUGACCGCGGUUGACCAAAAAUGAUAACUGACAUAUUGUAGAAGUAUGGAAAAACACAUUUCGACUAUUAAAAGCAAAUUUGCGAAAUUUUCUCAGGGAAACCAUUCCCCAUUUUCUAUCUUAUGCCGUGUUCAAAGUGAUUUGGCGAAAUUCAAAAUAGCCGUCAGAGAAAGAGAAAGAGAAUUAAAAUUUGGAGGGUCAGAGACCAUUUUGCAUUUCGCGGAAAUUACUUUAAACACGGCAUUGGGAAUUUAUAAAAAAAAAAUAACGAAAAAAGAAAAUAAUGGCAUGUUCAAAGUGAUUCCGCGAAGUCCAAAAUAGUCGUCAGAGAAAGAAAAACAUAACCUAAUUAUGAAAAGUCAGAGAAAACUUUGCAUUUCAUAGUGGCGUGUUCAUUGGACAAAACGAAAAUUGCUUCAAACGCUAGAAAAUUGCUCCAAAACAAAAUUUAGUACUGUUUUGGAGCAACUUUGGCGCGCCGAUGAACACGAUUUUUCUUUUUGAAGCAUGUUCCGUUUCCCUGAUGAACACGCCACACAAAAAAAAGAAUGAAAAAAAAAUUGAAAAAAAAGAAAAAAAACUUUUGGGUCUUGCAACGAAAGAUUAUUUCUGGCGCAAGUUGUUGCGGGGCGGCCGGUGCGGGGCGGUUUCGGUCGGUUUUUUUCUUCGACAAAUUUUUCGUUUUCAAAUUUUUUUGUAGUGUUUUUUUAUCGUUAACUUACAGGUUCGAAUUUCUAAAUGUUUUUCUUCCUAAUCUAUAGAAAAUCUCAAAAAUUUUUUUAAAGUUAAUUUUUUUAUUUGCAGGAUUAUUAUUUCGGACAAAAGCUGGCAAAGCUGUUUCUCUUAAAUUUUUAGAUUCGAGGUACGAUAUUAUCCAAGAAAAAAACCCAAAAAAUUCUUUAGAAUGUCAAAACGUUCCAACGAAGGAUCAGACGGAUCGGAUGAUUCUCAACAUGGAGAUGAACCAUCUGCUAAGAGGAAACGAGUUUCUUUCGAGUCAAUACGACUUUCGUCCGUUUCUGGAGUGGUAUCAUUCUAUCAUUUCUGUUAAAUAAAAUCUUUUAUACUGUUUUCAGAAUGACUUGUGGGAAAAGCAGACCCGCUUCCAAGUGUACAAGCUUUCUGAGCAGCUUAGGUACAAAAAUAAAUUAUUAAAAGAUCGUGAACGCGAGAUGGAACGUCUUCGACAGAGGCAAGAAACAGAUGAGAAUACAAGUUGCACGAUAAAUCGACAUUGGACUAAUGUAUGUUUUUCCCCUCCAAAAUGUUUUCAAUUCCUUUGCUCAUUUUUGUGUAUAUUUUUUAGCUGGACGCGCAGCUGAGAUGUAUUAUACGUAGUGCAAUACUCUCUGAAUCUGAAAUAGCACAAGUGGAUGAAGACGGUAUUAAAAGCGAAAAGGAAAGCUCGUCUUUUCUCUCCCAAGUGGUUCAAAUGGAUACGGAACAGAGCGAGCUGACUUAUGAUAAUCGUGUCACAACGAGGUAACUUUCCGUUUUUUACUCCUUUCCUACCUUUUUUUUUACAGUGUUCAUUUACUCAAUCGGAUCAUGCAACAAAGCGCUAAAAAGGUGGAAUUGUUGGUUUCAUUUAAUCGAAAGGUCAAUGAAAUUUCAGAGUGUGAGUUUUUUCUUAACGUUGAAUAGAAUAAAUAAUGAUUUAGUAUCCCCAUCGACCUCCGAAGAUUCGAAAGACACAAAACUAGAAAUAGUCAAAGAAGUUGUAGAAGCAAAUUCCCGAUUGACAGAAGAAAACCUUACGCUUAGUAGAGAAGUAGCUCGUUAUCAACAGGAAUUGUCGACUGUCAGGUUGCAGGUGAAUUUUCUUGUUUUUCAACUUUCGCGGAUUUUCGCAUCAUGUGUUAAAAAAAUGGAAUCCGAAGAGACGACUUUUAGUAGCCAAUCAAGUGAUCUUAUUACAAAAAAGCGAUUAACUUUCCGGUCCGAUCUAACGUCCUUGUACUUUUCAAACAGAAGGCUUAUUGUUAUUUUAGUUUCGAAAAAAAGAAGACGAAUGCGAGAUUUUGACUGCCAAAAAUGCCGAGUUCGCUACGGAGUUGGAGGAGUUAAAGUUCGACUACGAUAAACUGAACCGUCUAAAUAAUAAAUUGGAUUACCGAUUAUACACACUUGCCAAGGUUUAAUUAUAAUUUCUUUUACAUUAUGUUUAUGUCUCGUUCAAAUUAAUUUGGGGAUAUCGAAAUGAUCGACAGAGUGAGGGAGAGAAAAAAGAUAACCAAGAUUUCGGAGAAUCAAAGAUCAUUUAAUGUCCCCCUAAGCCCCUUUGAACGAAGCAUUUAUUUAUUUCCUGUUGGAGUUUUUCACUACGUGUAUAAUAAUCACCCUCAAGAUUUGAAGAUUUUUUUUUUUAGGAGAUUACGGUCGGAGAAAUAAAAGGAAGGACGGCAAACGGGCAAACCAACGGUUCUCCUUCAAGUUUCACCGUAGAUUCGAAAGAGGUACCGACUUUUUGAUUUCAAAAAUGAAUCGUAAAAAUAUUGUAGAUUGUUUUUUCUUUCCUUCAACGGAUUUUUUUUUCCAAGAGAAAAAUGUGUUCUUGUUGAUUUUUCACAGGCUUUUUAUUUAUUUAUUCUUACAUAGAAUUUCUAUUCAUAACGUUGACAAGUAAAAAAAUAAGCUUAUUCUGUACAAUUAGGUUUUUCUUGUGAAGCUUUUUUUAAAAAAACAAAACUGUCAAAUUGUUCAGUUGUGAAAAUGGAAGUUUUUUUCAUAGUUUUCCAAAAAAAGUUCAUCCAUGUUUCUAAUUCGAUUUUUCAGUUGGAAGCGUUGAAACUGGAACGGGAUGACCAGAUCGAGUUGGUGAAUAGGAGAGGUCAAGAAAUUUCUGAGCUUAACGAGCGAAUUCAAACUCAAUCGGCUGAAAUAAGUCGGUUGAAACAGGAGGUUUUUGUUAGGGUGUAUAACUUUUCAAUCUAAAAUUUAAGGCAUUGAGUGUUUCACGCGAUAAUCUUGAGAAUUGCAAGGAAUAUGUCAAUCUCCGGAAUUACUACGCUAUUGCUAUGCAGGAAGUCGAACGGAUAUCGUUAGUUUCAUCGGUAAUUUCGUAUUUCUGUUUCUUGUCACAGAACCGACCUACAAGAAACUUGUGCGGAACGCGACUUUUUACGUCAAAAGCUCGUUAAACGCGUGGAAGACGCAAAGGUUUUUUAAAAUUUCUUCUUAGUUUUACCUCAUAUCGAUGAUUCAAUAUUUUUAACUUAUAAAUCAGAGGUGGAGAAAUGGCGCCCCUAAACGUUUUUAACGUUUACAUUUCAAAGUCGACGUAGGCCGCCAUGGCCAUUUCUUAAUAAGUCGCUACCCAGGGCGCCCGGGGCCUAAACCGCGAUUGCAAAAAAACGCCAUUGGAACUAAUGGAAUUAGAAUCUUCUAAAAUCGUUUUUUUCGAAGCUUCCAAACUUAAGUUUACUUGAAAUUUCUGACAGUGUGGUGACGGAAUUUUAUUCUCUAGGCGGACCGUAAUCCACAUAAACAACUUAGCCGGACAUCAUAACAAUUUAAAAUUGAAAAAGUUAAUGAAAAAAAUUCGAAAACCAAAAAUUAAUGAAAAUGAACAAAAACGACGAUUUUCGCCCAACUUUUGCAACGUGGUAUUUCACGCCAUCGAGACAUAAUGACGCGGCUACUUUUUAUCUUAGAGGCCUGAUGGCUAAGGCGGGCAUGUAGCGCCCGGAAGGGCCUCUCAUUUCUUCCACCUCUGCUAUAAAUGAAAUAUAUUCAAUAAAUGAAAUAGCGCUAUUUCCAUGGAUGGUGCAUAAAUGGGCAUAAAAUUUUUUUCAAAGGUCGCCAACCCCUCCACAGUUGUUGAAAUUUGCUUUCUUUUUCGUCAAAACCGUCUCCCUGUUCUUGAAACUAAUUUUCAUACUUUUUUUUUCGAAAUUUUGAGACGAACCUUUCUCCUAGACCAAUUGAGUCCUGUAAUCGCUCUCGUAUGGAUUUCCGUAUUUUGUCCUCGAAGUGACGUAACUCGAAUAGUCGAUUGGAAAAAAAUUUUUUCUUUAGGUCUGAAAGUAUUUCUCCGCCAAGUUUGAUUGAAAGUUUAACUAUUGGCUGAAGAAACUCCCCUUGUUAGAUUGUUUUUUUAUUAUCUCUUUUCGCUUUUAAAUUCACAUUUCAGAACGACGAGGAUGCCUCUAUUCAGAAAAUCAUGGCUUCCAGUGAGCUUUUGAACGCAGAGAACUUGAAACUGAAAGCUCAGAACGAAAUGAUAAAGACAGAAUUCGAGCAAACCCUCAAUGCUCACGAAAACGCUCUGGCGGUAUCCUUUUUUCUCGAUUUUAAGUUAAUUUUUGCUUCAGGAAGCUAAGCAGUCCGAUAUAAAAGUAAUUUUUGCGUCAAUGAAAACGCAAAAUAAACUCUUGAACUCGGAUAUUGUCAAGUUCAAAAAACGUUUUCGAGAAACUUUCGAUGAACUUGCAAGGGUAUGUUCUUCUUUUUGUUUUUGUAAGCUUUAAUUUUUGGUCUGUGUGUCUGAAUAACACAGUUUUUAGCAUCAUAGUUUUCAAGGGUUUCGAAAAAUAAAAAAAUUUAUAGGUGAGGCGAGAAUUCGCAAGGUUCAAAUGGAGGAUAGAGAACAGCGUGGUGAUCGAACUAGAACAUAAUUUGAGAGCUGCUGAACUUUUCUUUCCCGAUUGCACAUACGAUCGCCCUGAUACAGGCGACACGGAUGGAGCGGAGGAUGGCGCGUCGCAGGAAAACGGAAACUUUUCAGCUGAAAAGUAAGUUUUAUUGUGUGUGAAGCAACUUUGUUGAAGAAGAAAGAUCUAAAUAAAGUUUGCAGAUUUUUCUUUUUCAUUUAAAAACUAAUCUCAUCCACAAAAUGUUUUGUAAAGCGUAUUCAGAUUUUUUUGUAUUUUGUUUUGUGGCUAAACCUUUCGUAGUGAGUAUUAGCAGUUCAGUUCCCAUAUUAUCAAUAAAUAAUUUGAGGCUUUUAUUAAAUAGUUUUUCGAAGAAUCCUCGAUUCAAUUCACUUUUGUAGAAGCUCAGUUUGCAUCAGUAAUGAUAUUUCAAUCGAAAUAUCCAUAAUUUUUUUUCUAGUGAGAUGCUCGCGAAAAUUGCCAGGCUGACAGAAGAGCUACGAAAGUAUAGGGACUCUGGUUCUUUGAACGAUCCAGAGUAUCAAGAUCGUAUUGAGGCAUGAACGGCUCUAAUUCCAAAUAAUUCUGAGCUUUUCCAGUUGAUUUCUCGUGAAAAACGUCUGAAGCAGGAAAAUGAAAAAAUGGCUAAGAAAAUCAAAGAAAUGGCGGAAAGAGACGCGGCAGAUCGUCAGCGGCUACUAGAGGUAAAGGAUAUUGAACGUCAUUUUAUAUAGAACCUUUUCAUGCAGAUUGAAGCACAAAAAUCAAUCAAUCAAAGGCUGAAAGAUGUAGACAUUCUGCGAUUGGAGAUCGACAAGUCAAACAAAGAACAGAAAGUGUUGAGCGAAGAAAUCGAUUCCAUUGGGCAGGUACAGUUAUUUUGAUUCGUAGGUUCUUUUUUAAAAGGUUCUUUUAAAAACUUUUCUUGGUGCUUUAAUGCAAUUUAUCCGGUAAACAACACGCUUUGUUUCAGUUUUCAAAAAAUAGAGUCUAGUCUCUCUAUAAACCAAAAUUGAAAAAUAUGACCUUUGAAAGGUUUCAAAAAGAGCAAAAUAGGAAUGAUAUUUUCCCCAAAAUAUGUUGCGUUACUUUCAGCAACUCCUUGAUCUUUAUAUUGUGUUCGGUUUCUUAAUUUUUCUUUACAUGCGGAUCGAAUUGAAACUUUUAUUUGCAUUACAGGCUUUGGAAGAUCUUCAAGUUCAAAAUCAGAUGCUGGUGGCACAAAAUAGCGAUAAACAAGCUCAAAUAAUGACGAUGAUGAACGACAGGAUCGUUGCGACGCAAACAGAGCAGAAACUCCACGAACAGAUUGUGAGGCGAAGAGAUCUACCUAUCAAGUUCUGAUGUUUUGAGGUGGUUCUGGAACAACAACAAAAUGUUCUCAACAGAGAAGCUCGUGUUCUGAAAGUAGAACUCACGUCUGCAUCCGAAAGCGAAAAGAAUCUGACGGAUACGAUAACUUUGCGAAUCUCUGAGAACACGUGAGAGUCGUAUUCAUGUUUUUUUUUUGUAACGUUUUUGUUUUAGUAAAAAUUUCAAGGUGAACGAAUUCAAUAGGAAAAAACUGAACGAAUUGGGAUUUGCGAAGGACGAUCUUCAAAGCAGAACGGAGAAGUUAGAAACCCAAGUGAAAGAACUCCAAGAGGUCGUUUUUUCGCCUUGAAAUUUUUCGAACUUAUUUUUAGGUUGUUGCUUCGAAAACCUCUCAAAAUGAGAUCAUGUGCGCGAAGAGGCGACGCUUGGAAGAGGAACUCAACUUCCUCAAGUAAGACUUUUCAGCAAACAAAAAAUCCAAUUUUUUCCAGUUAUGACAGAUUUUUGCACAUAAUUGAAUGAAUAAAUGAAAAACACGGCUCACCUUUAUACGUCUAUAUAUUUAUAUAUAAAUUUAUUGGAAAUGUACUACAGAUCUUUAUGAAUUUUUUUAAAAUAAAGGGGUUUGAUUACACGAAAAAGCCCACAAUUCAUUCUUUUUUUCUCAAUUCUGGAUAACGAACAUUGUGUUCAGGAAAAAAAACUGGAGCGCGCCCAAAAAGAGUGAGAAGUUGGGAAGCACUGACGCGGUUCUCAAUGAAGAAAUUCGGGAAUUGAAGGUGGAAUCGUUUUUUUUUUUGGCAAUCUUCGUUUUUUUUUAUUAAUUACAGGAUUUGUUGACCUGCCCGUCAUGCAAAGUGAAUCGGAAAGACGCUAUCCUCACUAAGUGCUUCCACGUCUUUUGUUUACAGUGUUUGAAGACAAGGUCUGACUUUAUUUCUUUUUUUUUCGGAUCUCCGGAUUUCAGUUCAUAAUCUUUCACCUCUUCCAUAGAGAAGUAAUUGACCAAUAAAAAAACAUCACUGAACAAUUAAAUUGAAAUUGGGAAUAGAUUUAAAUAUUCUACGAUUUUCGGGAAGCGCAGAAUAACGCGUUUAUUUGGUUCGCUUGUAUUAUUUUUUUCCCAGCGGGUCCCCUUUUUCGUGCUUAAUUAAUUAGAGUUUUCAUAAUACCUUUUUGCAAUUUUAAUCAUCAACUUCUUUCCGAAAUUUUUAGAUACGAUACGCGACAGAGGAAAUGUCCCAAAUGCAAUGCCGGCUUUGGUGCUAAUGACUUUCACAGGAUUUACAUCAGUUGA